CUCGGACCUCGAACAACCUCCUCCCACCGACACCGCGCCUUCCUCUCUCCAAGGCCCAGAUCCAACAUUUGGAGCGCGCGCCGCAUACCUUACCGUCGCGCAUUUCUCUACCUGAAUCUAUAGAAGUGCCCAGACUCUUCUGUUCUUGACAUCUGCGCGCACGUUUGCGACCUCGCCGUGACACGCCUCCAUCUCCCUCGAGCUCUGUUCGACGUCGGCCAUGUCUUCCCCUUCCGCGGCAACGACUCCGAUCAAGCGGAGCUCGUCUAGUGAAGAUGAGAACCCAAUCAUAAAAAGACAGAAGACGAAUAGCGACGCGGCAAAAAGCCCCUUUGCCGCCGACGAUGAAGAGCCUAGCCUGCCUGGCGCGACCAAAGUCACCAUACCUUCUUUGGAUUAUCAAGCAAAAAGUGGCCUCGAAAGAAGUAUAGGACUGGCACUGCAGCAAGUUGGCUUUGAUUCCGCUACCCCGGAAGCGAUGCAGGGCUUCUUGGGGGCUGUAGAGACCUACAUGGCCUCUAUGAUCGCCGAUGCCAAACGUGUCGCUCUAGCAGCACGAAGGGAGCAGCCGACUCCAGCGGACUUCGAGUCCACGAUGCGACGCUACACUCUGAAGACGAAGGCGCUGAGGCCUCACCUUCGUCAUCCCGUACCCAAAGCGAAGCUGGACGUGGAAUAUUUCAAUCCUUUGGUCGAUGAUCCGGAUGCGUACACAACCUUACCUCUCCUCGGCGAGGAGCUGAGCGGCAAGCCCGAGAAGGAAGCCAAGUCGUACAUACCAAAGUCCUUCCCCGACUUUCCCAGCAAACAUACCUACAAAUACACACCCAAGGAAGAUGACAACGGUCGUGACCCCCAAAAGACGAGGGAAGAGGCGGCCAAGGCCUCGAAGCAAGGAGAGGAGGCCCUUCGAGGCCUGGUCAGAGCGGCAAAGGUCCGAAAGCAGAAGGAAAUCAGAUCUCUGUCGGAGCGCGAUCCUAUGACCAAGGAGCGCUAUUCGCUAUGGGCUGCCGCUAUGGAAGGUUUCGUCAAAAAGGAAGGCGGCGCCACCGGCCAACAACUCGAGAUUGCCGAUCAUAGCAUGAUUGUCAACUCGGACGCCCGGCAUUUGCGCAGGGAAGUGCAGCGACAAAGCAAACGAGCCGCCGGGCAAAGCUAGUCAUCCUCUCUCGGUAGAGGCCGAAAGCGCGAGUCCAGUGCUUCAAAGGACGACACCAUAAUCAAAAAGGAUGAGCAAUGAUCAGAACUGAUGGGCUUUGGUUGAUAGGCCAGUGUGUCGGGUGCCAGUCAAGGCAGACACAGAAAUUGGUUGUUUUGGGAAAUGGACAUGCAUUCAGCAAGGCGUUUGGGUAUUCCAUCGUGUGGACGAGUCACAGCAGAUUGCCUUAUUUCUAGGCCGAGAAUGAGGAUCCUGAUGCAGGAGGAGGAUCAUACGACUAUCCGGUUGAGCACUUUACAGCGACCGCAUAGAUAACAGCAAAGGUGUGAGAGACUUGACGUAGGGAGA